AUGCUAACCACCAAGUUAACCGCCCUGCUUUCCUUCCUCUCCCUCCCCCUCUCUAUCUCAUCCCACCCAACCAACAAACCUCCUCAUGAGCAAUCUCAUGCAUCCCCCUCUUGGUCUCUGGUUAACCCCCUCCCGCCUAACACCCCCCUAACCCUCCACCUCGCUUUGACCCAACCCAACCUCCACUCCGCUCCUACUUUGCUCCACGCUCUAUCAGACCCAUCGUCACCUACGUAUGGCCAGCAUUGGACUGCACAGCAGGUUGCGGAGUACUUUGCCCCUUCUGAUGAGGCUUUCACCUCAGUGAAAGAAUGGCUAGUCAGUGAAGGGGUUUCCCGCGAAAACAUAAAGAAGGGUAGAAAAGGGGGAUGGGUAACCGUGGAUAUCACCGCCGCAGAAGCAGAGAAAGUCUUGGGAGCAGAGUAUGGGCUUUGGGAACGGAAGGGGGAUGGGAAGAGGGUGGUGAGAUGUGAGCGGUAUUGGGUGCCUGAGGGGUUGGAGGGGAUUGUGGAGAUGGUUUUGCCGGGUGUGGGGUUUGAUACGGCUUUGGAGGCCGAGGGUGGUGAGAGGGAAGAGAGUGCAAAGGGGGUGGUGAAGAGAGAGACCGAGGGGGAGAAGGGGAAGGGGUUCCGGGCGUUGGGGAAGAAGCCGGGGAAGAAGGAUGGAUUGGGGGAUUGUAGUGAGUUGAUUACGCCGGCUUGUCUACGGGCUUUAUACGAUAUCCCCGAGCCUAAGGCUUUUUCCGGGCUGGACAACACCCUCGGCAUAGUCGAAUUCGCCCCCCAAAGCUACGCCCAACCGGACCUCGACCUCUUCUUCAGCACCUACACCAGCCACCUCCCCAACGGCACAGCCCCCACCCUCGCCGCCAUCGACGGCGGCUAUCUCUCCUCCGACACCACCGUCAACACCCGCGGCGAAUCCAACCUCGAUCUCUCCUACGCCAUGGCCCUGGCCCUGCCCACGGCUAACAUCACGCUGUAUCAAGUCGGUGACUCGGUGGUGUGGAACCCGGCGACGAACAAUAACUUCCUCGAUGCCAUCGACGCGGCGUACUGCACUACCGACGGGGGCGAUGAUAAAGACUGGGAUGCGAUCUACCCGCAUGACAACCCGUCUAAUGAUCCCAGCAUCUACACCGGCAAGCCGAUGUGCGGGACGUUUGAGGCGACAAAAGUGAUUUCGGUGUCGUAUGGGAGUAACGAGGAUGCAAGGCCGGCGAGGUAUAGGGAGAGGGAGUGUAAUGAGUAUUUGAAGUUGGGGCUGAUGGGGGUAACGGUGGUGUUUUCGUCGGGGGAUUCGGGGGUCGCGGGGUUGAGGAGUCAGUGUGUGGAAGAGGAUGGGUCGUAUACGCCCGUGGGGGCGGAUUAUGGGCGGUUUAAUCCUAUGUUCCCCGGCACAUGCCCCUACAUAACCUCCGUAGGCGGCACUGCACUCCCCCCGUCCUCCGUCCCCGGCAAGAUCCCCGAAGUCGCAUCCACCUCCUUCGGUUCUGGCGGCGGCUUCUCCAACAUCUUCCCGCUCCCCUCCUACCAAGCCUCGGCCAUCGCGUCCUACUUCGCCUCCCACGAACCGAGCUACAAUUCCUCCCGCUACAACAACACCCAACUCGUCCGCGGCUACCCAGACAUCGCCCUCAACUCGGAAAACUACGCUACGGCGGUGAAUGGCGAGUGGAUGGCGUUCUCGGGGACGUCCGCUUCGGCGCCGACGUUUGCGGCCAUGAUUGCGCUGGUGAAUGCGGAACGGUUGAAAGUGGGGAAGGGGAGUGUGGGGUUUGUGAAUCCCGUGUUGUAUGAACAUCCGGAGGCGUUUCAGGAUGUGGUCGAGGGGACGAAUCCGGGGUGUGGGACCGAGGGGUUUAGGGCGGUUGAGGGGUGGGAUCCGGUUACGGGGUUGGGGGCGCCGAAUUUCGAGAGGUUGAGGGAUGUGUUUUUGGCGUUGCCUUAG